CCUGUGUUUAAACUUUAUCUAGAGUUCUUAUAAUAGUGGUCUCAUACAAUAUUUGUCCUUUUGCAGUUGACUAACUUCACUCAGCAUAAUGCCUUCCAGAUUCCCCCAUGUUAUAAAAUGUUUCACAGGUUCAUUGUUCUUAAUAAUUGCGUAGUAUUCCAUUGUGUGGAUAUACCAUAAUUUAUCCAUUCAUCCGUUGAUGGGCACCUUGGUUACUUCCAACUUUUUGCUGUCGUAAACAGUGCUUUAGUAAACAUGGAUGUAUAUGUAUCUGUUCCUCUGAGGGCUCUUAUUUCUCUAGGAUGUAUUCCAAGGAGUGGGAUUGCUGGAUCGUAUGGUAGUUCUAUUUCUAGCCUUUUAAGGAAGCGCCAGAUCUAUUUCCAAAGUGGUUGUACCAUUUUACAUUCCCACCAGCAGUGUAUAAGUGUUCCAAAUCUCUCCACAGCCUCUCCAACAUUUAUUAUUUUGUGUUUUUUGGAGUGAGAUGAAAUCUUAUUGUAGUUUUGAUCUGCAUUUCUCUAAUGGCUAAUGAUCGUGAACAUUUCCUCAUGUGUCUUUUUUGAAUGUCUUCUUUAGCGAAGUGUCUGUUCAUAUCUUUUACUCAUUUCUUAGUUGGGUUAUUUGUCUUUUUGUAGUUGAGCUUUUACAGCAUCAUGUCGAUUUUAGAGAUCAGGUGCUGAUCAGAAAUGUCAUAGCUAAAAACUUUUUCCCAAUCUGUAGGUGGUCUUUUACUCUUUUGGUGAAGUCUUUGGAUGAGCAUAGGUGUUUGAUUUUUAGGAGCUUCCAGUUAUCUAGUUUUUCUUCUCCAUUGUUAGUAAUGUUUUGUAUACUGUUUAUGCCAUGUAUUAGGGCUCCUAACAUUGUCCCUAUGUUUUCUUCCAUGAUCUUUAUCGUUUUAGAUUUUAUAUUUAGGUCUUCGAUCCAUUUUGAGUUAGUUUUUGUGCAUGGUGUGCGGUAUGGGUCUUGUUUCAUUUUUUUGCAGAUGGCAAUCCAGUUAUGCCAGCACCAUUUGUUGAACAGACUGUCUUUUCUCCAUUUAAGAGACUUUAGGCCUUUGUCAAAUAUCAGCUGCUCAUAUUUGGAUGGAUUUAUGUCUGGAUUCUCAAUUCUGUUCCAUUGGACUAUGUAUCUGUUGUUGUACCAGCUGUUUUGCCUACUUGGCGGUAUAAAAUCAGGUAGAGCAAGACCUCCCACUUUGUUCUUCUUUUUCAGUAAUGCUUUACUUACCUGGGGCCUCUUUCCCCUUCAUAUGAAGUUGGUAAUUUGUUUCUCCAUCUCAUUAAAAAAGUCACUGGUAUUUGGAUUGGGAUUGCAUUGUAUCGGUAGAUCAUUUUGGGUAGAACAGACAUUUUUACAAGGUUGAGUUUUCCUAUCCACGAGCAAGGUAUGUUUUUCUACUUACGUAGGUCUCUCUUGGUUUUUUUGCAGUAGCGUCUUACAGUUUUCUUUGUAUAGAUCAUUACAUCUCUGGUUAGAUUUAUUCCUAAGUAUUUUAUCUUCUUAGGGGCUAUUGUAAAUGGUAUUGAUUUGGUGAUUUCCUAUUUGACGUUCUCUUUGUUGGCAUAUAGGAAUCCAACUGAUUUAAGUAUGUUUAUCUUAUAUCCUGAUAACUCUGCGAAACUCUUCUAUUAGUUUUAGUAGUUUUCUUGAGGAUUCUUUAGGGUUCUUGUACACAUGAUCUGUGUAUAAGAUCAUGUCAUCUGCAAACAUAGAUACCUUUACUUCUUUGCCAAUUUGGAUGCCUUUUAUUUCAUUAUCUAGCCUAAUAGCUCUGGCUAGGACCUCCAGCACAAUGUUGAAUAAGAGCGGUAAUAAACGGCAUCCUUGUCUGGUUCCCGAUCUCAAGGGGAAUACUUCCAGUCUCUCUCCAUUCAGGAUGAUGUUGGCUUUUGGCUUUGUAUAAAUGCCCUUUAUUAUGUUGAGCAAUUUUCCUUCUGUUCCUAUUUUGCUGAGAGUGUUUAUCAUGAGUGGGUGUUGGACUUUGUCAAAUGCCUUUUCUGCCUCAAUUGAUAAGAUCAUGUGUUUGUCUUUUAUUUAUAUGAUGGAUUACUUUGAUUUUUUUCUAAAGUUGAACCAUCCCUGCAUACCUGGUAUGAAUCCCACUUGGUCACGGUGAAUUAUUUUUUUGAUAUGUUGUUGAAUUCUAUUGGCUAGAAUUUUUUGAGGAUUUUUGUGUCUAAGUUCACGAGGGAUAUUGGUCUGUAAUUUUCUUUCUUUCUUUUUUGUCGUAUCUUUACCUGGUUUUGGUAGCAGGGUUAUGCUGGCUUCAUAGAAUGAGUUUGGGAGUAUUCCAUCCUUUUCUAUGCUCCGAAAUACUGUUGGUAAUAGUGGUGUUAACUCUUCUUUGAAAGUUUGGUAGAAUUCUCCAGUGAAGCCAUUAGGGCCAGGGCUUUUCUUUGUUGGGAAUUUUUUAAUUACGUUUUCAAUCUCUUCUUUUGUUACGGGUUUAUUUAGCUGUCCUGUCUCUGUUUGUUUUAGUUUAGGUAGGUAACGUGUUUCUAGAAAUUUGUCCAUUUUCUCUAGGUUUUCAAAUUUGUUAAGAGUACAGUUUUUCAUUGUAUUCUGUUAUGAUUCUUUUAUUAUGGUUUGGAUCUGUUGUAAUAUCAUCCAUCUCAUUUCUUAUUCAGGUUAUUUGCUUUGUCUCCUUUUUUUCUUUUGUCAGUGUGGCCAGUGGUUUAUCAAUUUUGUUAAUCUUUUCAAAGAGCCAGCUUUUGGUCUUGUUAACUCUUUCAAUUGUUUUUCUGGUCUCCAUUUCAUUUAAUUCUGCUCUAAUUUUUAUUAGUUGCUUUCUUCUGGUGCCCGAGGGUUUCUUUUGUCGCUCUCUUUCUGUUUGUUCAAGUUGUAGUGAUAAUUCUUGGAUUUUGUCCGUUCUUUUCAUAUGUGUGCAUUUAAUGAUGUAAAUUGAGCUCUGAGCACUACUUUCUCUGUGUCCCAAAAGUUCUGAGAGGAACUGUUUUCAAUGUCAUUGGAUACAAUGAAUUUCUUUAUUUCAUCCUUACUUUGAUCUAUAAUCCAGUAGUUUUUGAGCAAAGUGUUGUUCAGUUUCCAUGUGUUUGAUUUCUUUUCCCUGAUUUUUCUGUUAUUGACUUCUGGUUUUAUGGUUUUAUGGUCAGAGAAGAUGUUUUGUAAUAUUUCGAUGUUUUGGAUUCUGUUAAGGCUUGCUUUAUUGCCUAAUAUGUGGUCUAUUCUAGAGAAUGUUCCAUGUGUGUUGGAAAAGAAAGUAUACUUGGCUGCUCUUGGGUGGAGUGUUCUGUAUAUGUCUGUGAGGUCAAGUUGGUUGAUUGUGAUAUUUAGCUCUUCCGUGUCUUCACUGAGCCUCUUUCUGUAUGUUCUGUCCUUCACUGAAAGUGGUGUGUUGAAGUUUCCUACCAUUAUUGUGGAGCUGUCUACCUUGCUUUUCAGUGCUGUUAGAGUCUCUUUUAUAUAUCUUGAAGCCCCCUCAUUGGGUGCAUAAAUAUUUAAUAUGGUGAUAUCCUCAUGGUAUAUUGUCCUUUUUGGAAACCCUGACGGCAUAGUGGUUAAGUGCUACAGCUGCUAACCAAAGGGUCGGCAGUUCGAAUCCGCCAGGCACUCCUUGGAAACUCUAUGGGGAAGUUCUGCUGUGUCCUAUAGGGUCACUAUGAGUUGGAAUCGACUCGACGGCACUGGGUUUGGUUUGGUGGAUUGGUAUAUUGUCCUUUUAAUCAUUAUAUAGUGUCCUUCCUUAUCCUUUGUGGUAGAUUUAAGUUUAAAGUAUUGUCAGAAAUCAGUAUAACCAUUCCUGCUCUUUUUUGAUUGUUAUUUGCUUGGUAAAUUUUUUUCCAUCCUUUGAGUUUUAGUUUGUGUCUUUAAGUCUAAGAUGUGUCUCUUGUAGGCAGCAUACAGACAGAUGGUGGUUUUUUUAAUCCAUUUUGCAACUCUGUGUCUUUGUCAGUGCAUUUUGUCCAUUCAUAUUCAGCGUGAUUAUAGAUAGGCAUGAGUUUAGUGCUGUCAUUUUGAUGUCUUUUUUUGUGUGUUGUUGGCAGUUUCGUUUUUCCACUUAUUUUUUGUGCAGAGCAAUUUUUCUUUUUAAAUUUGUGUGUUCCUCUUUUCCAUUUUUGUUGAUUUUGUUUUUGCUGAGUCUAUGUUUUUCUUGUUUUUUAUUUCAAUGUGUAGCAUUGUUAGUCUCAUUUGUGGUUGCCUUAAUAUUUACCCCUAUAUUUCUAAGUUUAAACCUAACUUGUAUCUCCUUUUGCCUUCAUUUCCCCUUCAUAUGGAAGAUCUGAGUACUGUAUUUAAGAAAAUAUUUAAACCCUCUUUAUUGAUUUAAUGUUGUCAUCUUUUACAUAAUAACACCACUGGUUUCCUGUUUUGAGCGUUUUUCUGUCUUGAUUAUUUUUUUAUUUUCCCUAUCUGGGUUGAUAUCUGGUUGCUCCAUCCUGAGUUCUCGUGUUGAUGUCUGAUAGUAUUGAUUUUCUAACCAGAGAAUUCCCUCUAGUAUUUCCUGUAGUUUUGGUUUGGUUUUUGCAAAUUCCCUCAGUUUGUGUUUAUCUGGAAAUGUCCUAAAUUUGCCUUCAUAUUUGAGAGACAGUUUUGCUGGAUAUAUGAUUCUUGACUGGCAGUUUUUCUCCUUCAGUGCUUUGUAUAUGUCAUCCCAUUGCCUUCUUACCUGCAUGGUUUCUGCUGAGUACUCCAAGCACAUACUUACUGAUUCUCCUUUGUAGAUAACUUUUUGCAUUUCCCUGGCAGCUUUUAAAAUUUUCUCUUUAUCUUUGGUUUUGGCAAGUUUGAUUAUGUCUUGGUGACUUUCUUUUGGGAUCUACAUUCUGUGGGGUUCGAUGAGCAUCUUGGAUAGACACCCUUUCAUCUUUAACGAUGUCAGGGAUGUUUUCUGCCAUCAAAUCUUCAACAAUUCUCUCUGUGUUUUCUGUUAUCCCUCCCCGUUCUGGUACUCCAGUCACUCAUAGGUUAUUCUUCUUGAUAGAGUCCCACAUGAUUCUUAGGGUUUCUUCACUUUUUUAAGUCUUUCAUCUGAUUUUUCUUUGACUAUAUUGUUGCCAAGUGUUUUUAUCUUCUGUCUCGCUAAUUCUGACUUCCAUCUCCUCAGUUUUGUUACACUGACUUUCUACUGAAUUGUCUAACUCUGAAAUUUUAUUGUUAAUCUUCUGAACUUCUGAUUGCUGUUUCUCUAUAGAUUCUUGCAGCCUAUUAAAUUUUUCAUUAUGUUCUUGAAUAAUCUUCUUAAUAUCCUCGACUGCUUUAUUUGUAUGCUCCUUGGCUUGUUCUGCGCUUUGCCUGAUCACCUUCCUUAUGUCUUAAAGAGUUCUGUAUUUUAAUCUUUUGUAUUCUACAUCUGGUAAUUCCAGGAAUACAUCUUCAUCUGGAAGAGUCUUUGUUUUGGGAGUUUGUUGAAGCAAUUGUGGUCUGCUUGUUUAUGUGAUUUGAUAUUGACUUUUGUCUCUGAGCCAUCUAUACAUUAUUGUAUUUGUUUGCUGUAUCCCAGGUUCUUCCUUUUUGUUUUGACGUACCCAAAUAGGCUACUAGAGUGAGCUAACUUGAUUAUUGGAGCCUUUGAAGCACUAGUGUCCUGUUACCAGAUGGCUAGAGCUGUUACCAGGUAUAUGAGUCUAGGAGUCCAUUCACUAUUCUUGUAUAGAUUUAGUGCAGGUGUCCCGGUAUUUGGUCACCUAGUGUGUGGUGCAGCCUCUCACCUACGAUCCUAGAGGAGCAAUGGUGACGUAAGCACAGGUUUCUGCUUGCAGCAGGGGGUCACACUCUGCGGAAGGCGGGGGGCUGACAACCAUCCUCCGAAUAUCUGUAAAGAAGGCACGUCCCUGUUCUCUAGAGCACGCUCUGGUGGCUGGACUCUGCAGCUGUACCAUAGGCACCCAGUGCUUUUAACUGUAAGAACUGGUAGGCACCACUUAUCCUUGGAGCCCAUCGCAGGUGGCUAGGUGGCCUAGGUGGAGCCUCUAGUCCUCAGGCCGCUGCUGUGGGUAGGUGAGGGCCCUGUUUAAUAGGAAGACUGGUAUCAAAUGUCAAAAACCUGCCUCUGCACCACACAGCCGAAACAGUUACAGUAAGACCUCAAACAGAUUUGCCAUUGCACUGUAACAGCCAGAUCCUGUCUGCUGUAACAGGACCACCUAGAUCUAUGCAGGAGUGAAGACAAAGUCUGUGGACCACUUGUGCCUGGAUUGGAGCUGCUUCUGCUCUGAGUUUCCAGAUUAAGGGAGUCGGCAGAGUAUUUUUCCCCUAUUAAUUUGUUCCUUCUUCAAGGCCAGGGAAAUGGCUCAGGGAGCACAGCAGGACCUAUCUCAGGCCCAGGGAAAUCCACUGUUAAUGAAGCUGGCUAGGGCAGAUGGAGGAAGGAUCAAGUAGAUAGGAGAGAAUUCUUUCAAAAGGAGAAGCUAUUAGAUCUGUGCAGUAAAUUAGACAAAAUCACUUAUCUCAGAUUCCAGAGGCUUGUGUAGAUUGUGAGCACUGGCUCCGCGGUCUUGCCAGCAGGUGGGGCUGCAGUACCUCACUUGCCUUCUUUCACUGAAGCGUCCACGCCAUAAAGGCCACUGCCAGCCCCAUUGCAGUCACACCAGGGAGUCAGGGGUUGCGCCACUUUGCUUGCCUUCUUUCACUGAAGCAGCUGCAUCCUAAACCCACCGUUAGGCACGCCGCAGUCACACGAGCUGGCCAAGGGUGUGCCACUUUGCUUGACUUCUUUCACUGAAGAAGCUGUGUCCUGGAACACUACUGCCAGCCUCACUGCAGGGGAAUACGGGCUGAGACCCUGCCACCAACCCUGCAGCUGUUCACUGCUUCUGCACUGUCUCUCCCUCCCCAUGUCACUCAGUCGGAUUUCUUAACUUUCCCUUUGAUGCUCAGGGUUCAUAGCUUGUUAUAUAUAUAAUCGAUUCACUUGGUUUUUUGGGCCUUUGUUGUAAGAGGGACCACCAGAAGCAUCUGACUACUCCACCAUCUUCUCUUAGUUAUUGUAAAUGAAUUUUUAAUUGGGAAAUAGUUGUUUAAUCUGACCGUAGACAUCUGGGGACAGGCUCUCUGAGGACACAUUAGGUAAUUCUGAACGUGGAAUUUCUCUGAAACUAAAAUGCUUAAGUUGUGAUCAAAAGGAAACUUGUCUCAGCACUCAGAGGUUGAUUUUUCUGUGAAAAUGACCAGUGUUGGAGACAGAGUAUAAAUAAAUAAGCAAAUCAACGUUUGGUUUCUUGUUGGAUGCGUUAACCAAGAUUGGAGAGUAGAAUAGUGAUUUUUGAUGUUUUUUGGAUGGGAGAGAGAAUGUCCUGCAAUGUAUUUCAUUGUAGGUGCUUUGAUGGAUUAAACUGUGUCACCCAAAAGUAUAUGUUGGAAUCAUAACCCCUAUACCUGUGGGUGUAAUCCCAUUUAGGAAUAGUGUUUUCUUUUUUAUGUUACUGAGGCAACAUCAGUGUAGGGUGUGCCUUAAAUUUUAGUGAGUUUUGAGACAUAAGAAAAGUGUAUUAGGGUCAGCAAGCAAGUAUAAACGGGGGAAAAAUAGAUGCCACAUAGAGAUCUCCAAGGAACUGAGGAACAGAAACUUAGAGACAAAGAUUUCCCCCCAGAGCAGACAGACAGAGCCUUCCCACAGAGCUAGUGCUCUAAUUCAGACUUCUAGCUUCCUAAUUGGUGACGAAAUAAGUUUCUGUUCUUUAAUACCAUCCACUUGUGGUAUUUUAGUUGCAGCGGCUCUACCUAAGACAGCUACAUGUAGGUUUGAAAGUAGAGAUUAUAGCUCAGAAAUGCAAUCCUGACACAAGUUUUACCACUUUCAAUUUAGAGAUAGCAGUGGAAGAAUUUGAAGCCAUCAAAUAAAUGUGUGAGAGUACCAAGGGAGUUAUAGAAAGAGAGAAGAGGGGCUAGGAGUGAAUUUUGAGGCAUUUCAGCCAUUUUGUUUGAAGAAUUCUUUGCAGAGGAUGUGGGGAAAGAAUGACUAGAGUAGUUUGGAGACAGGAGAAUGAGCUAUCAGAAGAAGCUAGGGAAAUAUAUUUCCCAAAAGAAGGUCAUGGUUCAAUUCUGUUUCCAAGUGAAAGCCUGACACACAGCGAUUUACUUAUGAAGACAUCAUUGGCAAUGUUAAAAAGAUGUAUUUAUGAGGAAAUCAUUGGUGAUCUUUGUAAAUCAGAGUGAGAGAGGGAUAUGAAGGAAUGGUAACUGCACUUUCAGUUUGAUUGUGAAGGAAGGACAGGAGAGCAGGAAGUGUUUGUUUCAAGAUGGAAGAGACAAAAUGAGUUUCAGUAUUGAAGAGGCAGGCUCUUGAAAGGGAGGUGCUGAUAAAGGAGGUUUAAUGUCUAAUCACUAAUUUCCUGACGAAAUAGAAGAGAAAGGGGCUCAGUUGUAUACAUUGGACUGAAAUAGGUGUAGAAAUGACUUCAGUUUAAUAAUAGAAAUGGAGUAACCUAUGGGUGUAAAUGCAGGAAUAUUUGUAGGUGCUAUGUGAUUCAUUAAAGUAAUUUGUGAAGUUAUGUCAUUCAUCUGCUUAGUUGGGAGGUAACCCCAUCUAUUGAAGGCAAUGAAAAAGGUGGACUGAGUGAGAUUCAAAAGGCAUGGAGAAGAUUUGAAAUAUUUAUGGAGCAUGGAAAGUGUUUUAAUUAACAAGACGUGGUAGAAUCAUUAGUUAUGUUUGAAGGACACUAGGAGUGAUGAUUCUGUGUUUAGAUCAGGAACAGUUCCUGCUCAUGAUCUGUACCAGAUGUAGUCAUGGAAGAUGAAGGUACUCGAUAUCACUUUCCAUUGGCUUCUUGAUCAACAGAUGUCAUAAAUAGAAGCAGGAACAUAAGAUACGUUGAUCUUGGUAAGUAUGCUUACAUGAGUAAUGUGAAUUAAAUUGGGCAAUAAAAAUGAAGAUGGAGACAGAUAUUUGGAAAGUGUAGUCAGUGCACUGGAGUUUGCCACGGGGCUGGAGAAACUAGGCACUGGGUGUAAUUUUGUGAAAAACAAGGAGAGUUGGUUUUUCUUAACAGGCUGUGGCCUUGGACUAUUAAUGCGAGAUGUGACUUUCUGGGGAAGACCUAUGUGUGGUGUGUAAACGUCAAAGAGUUUGAGCUUGGGAGGCCGGCAGACCAAAUUCAAAUUCUAGCAGUAUCAUUUUCUAGCAAUGUAAUUUUGUCAUAUUACUAGUUUUCUGGAUCUCUGUUAAAUUAAAAACUUAUUAAAUUGUUAAAUAAAUCAUAACCAACAGGUUAUUGUGCGAAUUAAAUAAGCAAAUCUGUGUAACUCUCCAGGCCUAGAGUCACAGUUAAAAAUACAAAAUUUUUUUUUUUCUGGGCCUGAGGUAAAAAUGAGUGAGCUAAUUCUACUCCUUUUUAUGACACACUUUUAUCUUUUGUCUGUGAAAUACAUUUAAUUAUUAUUGAUGCUUUUAAGGGACAAUUUAUAUUUUUUAAAUACUUUCACAUACGUCUUGUAUAUUUGUACAUAUAUAAUGAAGUGCAGUGAUUAAUAUAGUAGAGAACUUCUGCUACAACUUAUUAAAAUAUCAGAUGGAGAAACUUGAUUUUACCUAAACUUCAUUUCAUAUUUUCUGAGCCUUAUUAACCCUAUUGGAGCCCUGGUGGUACAGUGGUUAAGAACUAUUGCCCUAUAGGAAUUGUGGAACAUGACAGUAAUAUUAUGGCCCAUGUACUCAUGCUAUUCGUGAUGCAGAUUUUAAGAGCUAGAUAAGCAAUGGCAUUCCUCCCUCCAAACGGAAUGUCAUUGAGUUGAUCAACCUUAUCAUAAAAUAGAUUCUUAAGUUGUUUGGUUUAUAUCCAGAUUCACUGGGGACAGAUCUAAAAAGUCAGGGUUAAGGAAGUGUUCUAGAAACCCCAUGUGGUGGAGCCAAAAUGAUUUGGGGCAAGUAUAUACAAAGAGGUAGGGACAGAGAAGAGGAAGUUGAUGUGAAGCUAGGUAGGGCUGAGCUGGAUGUUGAAGAACUGCUAGUGCGUACACAGAGAAGUAUUAAAUCUGAGAAAUACCACAGUGUUUAUCUGGAGGUGAAGACCAAAAUCCACACGUGACAUAAGUCAUGGAUUUCUAUAUUUUGGAAUAAGGGAGUAAAUUGAAAACCUCUGAACACCAUGAGACAAUUAACUUAAAAAACUGAGUGAGUUUCAUGUUUUUAUAUAUGAGAUCUGUAUUAGCAUCUUCUUUGUUAGCCAUGGAAACCUGGCUGGCGUAGUGGUUAAGUGCUACAGUUGCUAACCAAAAGGUCGGCAGUUCAAAUUCACUAGGUGCUCUUGGAAACUCUAUGGGGCGGUUCUACCCCAUCCUGUAGGAUCGCUAUGAGUCGGAGUUGACUCAAUGGCAGCGGGUUUGGUUUUUGUGUGUGUGUGUGUGUGUGUGUGUGUGUUAUUAGCCAUGAUGACCGUAGCCUUCUUCCUUUCGACCCUGGGAGAGGAGUGUCCUCCCCUUAUUUCUUUAGAGCGUGCUACAAGUUUCUGUUUUUUGGACUGGGGUUACUACCAGGUGAAGGACUGUGGCUUCAUAAAAGGAGUCAGUGACCUUCAAAGAUAUAGCUUUGGAAUUCACCCAGGAAGAGUGGUCCCUUCUGGACACAACCCAGAGAAAGCUGUUCAAAGAUGUGAUGUUGGAGAACAUCAAUCACCUGGUCUUCGUAGAUAUAAACUUCCUGGACUUGUUGAUCAUACACUUUUAUCAAUAUAGGCCUCAAAAUCCAUGUGUCCUUUCACCACAAACAGGAAAUCAUCUUUGCGAAUCAAACGUGAUUUCCCAACUGGAGCAAGGAGAGGAACUGUGGAGGGAAGGAGUAGGGUUUCUCCAAGAUGAGCGUCUAGUCAGGGAAAGUGGACAUAAAAAACAAGAAAUGAUAUCCCGCAGGAAGAACACAUCCACCAUCAUGGUAAUGCAGAGAUCUCUCACUGAAGAGAAUCCCUUUGAAUGUAAUUUUUUGGGAGAAGAUUUUACCAACAAUGUCACAUUGACUCAACAUUUGUUAACUUACACGGAAAAGAAACAUGAUGUCACCAAAGAAUUCGGAAAAUCCCUUAGUAACAAGUCAUUCUUUAAUCAACAUAAGCAAAUUCAUACUAGAAGUAAACCAUAUGACUGUCAUCUAUGUGGCAAAGCCUUCAUUCAAAGCUCUGACCUUAUACAACACAUUAGAACUCACACAGGAGAGAAACCAUAUGAUUGCCAUAUGUGUGGGAAAACCUUCAGUACAAGAUCUAACCUUAAAAAACAUGAGAGAAUUCACACUGGAGAGAAACCGUAUGUUUGUCAACUCUGUGGGAAAGCCUUUAGUCAAUGUUAUGAACUUAGAAGUCAUGAGAAAACACACACUGGAGAGAAACCAUAUGAAUGCAGUGUAUGUGGGAAAGCCUUUAUUCAAAAGUCUUGCCUUACCCAACACAAUAGAACUCACACUGGGGAGAAACCAUAUGAUUGUCAUGUAUGUGGAAAAACCUUCAGUACAAAAUCUAAUCUUAGAAAACAUGAGAGAAUUCACACUGGAGAGAAACCAUAUGUUUGUCAACUGUGUGGGAAAGCCUUUAGUCAGAGCUAUGAACUUAAAAGUCAUGAGAAAACACAUACUGGGGAGAAACCAUAUGAAUGCCAUAUAUGUGGGAAAGUCUUUAUUCAAAAGUCUUGCCUUACACAACACAAUAGAACUCACACUGGGGAGAAACCAUAUGAAUGUCAUCUCUGUGGGAAAGCCUUCAUGAACUGUUCUAACUUGAGACGACAUGAGAGAAGCCACACUGGAGAGAAACCAUAUGGAUGUCAACUAUGUGGGAAAGCCUUUAGUCAGUGUUCUGAACUUAGAGAUCAUGAGAAAACUCAUACUGGAGAGAAACCAUUUCAGUGUAAUGUCUGUGGGAAAACCUUCAGUAGAAGUUCUAACCUGAGACUUCAUGAGAGAAUUCAUACUGGAGAGAAACCAUAUGAAUGUCAUGUAUGUGGGAAAGCCUUCACUAGGAGCUCUAACAUGAGACUACAUGAGAAUUCACAUUUGAGAGAAACCAUGUUUGUCAACUAUGUAGAAAGUCUUUAGUCAAUGUUCUGACCUUAGAAAUCAUGACAAAACACACAGGAGAAGAACAUAUGAAUGCCAUAUAUGUGGGAAAGUCUUUGUUCAAAAGUCUUGUCUUACACAACACAACAGAACUCACACUGGGGAGAAACCUUAUGAAUGUCAUCCCUGUGGGAAAGCCUUUAUGAAUUGCUCUAACUGGAGACAACAUGAGAGAAGUCACAUGGAAGAGAAACCAUAUGGAUAUCAACUAUUUGGAAAAGCCUUUAAUCAGUGUUCUGAACUUAAAGAUCCAGAGAAAACUUGGACUGAAGAGAAACCAUUUCAAUGUAAUAUAUGUGAGAGAACCUUCAGUAGAAGUUCUAACCUGAGACUUCAUGAGAGAAUUCAUACUGGAAAGAAACUAUAUGAAUGCCAUGUAUGUGGGAAUGCCUUCUCUGGGAGUUCUAAUGUGAGGCUACAUGAGAAUUCACAUUUGAGAGAAACCAUGUUUGUCAGCUGUGUGGAAAGUCUUUAGUCAAUGUUCUGACCUUAGAAAUCAUGAGCAAACACACAGGAGAGAAACCAUAUGAGUGCCAUGUAUGUGGGAAAACUUUCAUUUAUUGUUUUGAUUUUAGACGUGCAAGCACUCAUAUAUGUAAUGAUUGUGAAAGAGACUUCCUCCUUAGUUGUAACAUUUAAACACUCCAUAGGAAUCACACAUUGAAGAAGCACUAUGUAUGUAAUUCACAUAGAGUCUUAGUCAUCCUUACUACUUCAAUCUAAGCAGAUCCAUACUGGACAGAAUCCAUAUGAAUAUCAUAUAUGUGGCAAAUGCUUUAGUGAGCGGUCUGACCUUAUUUGACAUAAGAAGACUCACAAGAGAAAUUUAAUAAAUGUGCUAGUCUUAAGUCACAGUUCUUACUAUUAAACCAGAACUCACAAGUGAGAAAAAUUCUGUUGUAUUCAACGUGGAAAUAUCUUCUUAUAUAUAUUGAUCCUUUAAACAAAGUGAAUAAACUCCACAGGAGAUAAACUCGUCUGUAAAUCACUGUACACUAUUACUCAGCCAUCCACCAGCCUUGGUGUGCAUAGGAAAACUCAGUGUAGGAGUAAUGGCUUUUUAUGGAUUGAGUUGUGUCCCUAAAAAAGAUAUGUUGAAGUCCUAAUUUCUGUACCAGUGAAUGUGAUUUUGUUUGAAAAUAGUUUUUCCUUUGUUAUCAAUUAAUGAGAUCAUACCAGAGUAGGAUGUCUCAUGAUUGCUUUUAAGUGGUGCCUUAUAAAAGGGAAGAACAGACAUGGAGAGCCUCAGCAGGGGAAGACAGGUGCCAUGUGAAGAUACAUCUACAAGCCAAAGGACACCACUACAAAACACCAGAAGGUGGAGGAAACAAGGAAAGAUCUUACAGCAGACAGAGAGAACAUGGUUUUCUUAGUCAUCUAGUGUUGCUAUAACAGAAUUACAACAAGUGGAUGGUUACAAGUCCAAAUUCAGGGCGUUGGCUCCAGGGGAAGGCUUUCUCGGUUGGCUCUGAAGGAACAUCCUUGUCCUCAAUCUUCUCAGGUGCAGGAACCCCAUGUCCAAAGGACAUGCCCUGCUCCUGGUGCUGCUUUCUUGGUGGAAUGAGGUCCCCAACUCCCUGCUUGCUUCUCUUUCCUUUUGUCUCUUGAGAGAUAAAAGGUGGUGCAGGCCACACCCCAGGGAAACUCCCUUUACCUUGGAUCAGGGAGUUGACCUGAGUAAGGGCGGUGGUACAAUCCAACCCUAAUCCUGUCAACAUAAAAUUACAAUCACAAAAUGGAAGACAAACAGAUAACAUUGAGAAUCAUGGCCUAACCAAGUUGGUACAUUUGGGGGGGGGGGAGCAUAAUUCAAUCUAUGACGUUCUGCCCUUUGCCCCCCCAUCACAUUCUUGUAACAUACAAAACAUAUUCAUCCCAUCAUAGCAUAGCAAAAGUCUUAAGUCCAAGUCCAAAAUUCAAAAAAUCCUCUUCAUCCGUGAAAUCUAGAACACAAGUUAUCUGCUUACAAAGGUGCGUGGCAGAAAAGGCACAAGCUAGAGAUUUCCAUUACAAAUGGGAGAAACUGGAGUGGAAGAAGGCAUAACAGGCACCAAGCAAGUUAGCAGAACACAUUACAUUAGCCCUCAAAGCUUUGAAAAUAAUCCUUAGUUCUCUGAGACAAUUUACACAAUAGCCCUUCCCUCCAGCCUGUAGGUAUUGGCCACACUCCCCGGAUUCUAAGUGGAGGCCCCUUGGCUCUGGGCCUCAGCUCCAUCUUCCAGGCCCACUGGGACAGCAACUCUGCUCCCUCAGCUUUAGGUGCACCAUUCUAGUCCAUCCGAGUGGCAGCUCCACCCUUAGAAACACCAGAGGCCAUGGCUCCACCUUUUGAAACCCCUGAAGUCAUGGCCAUACCUUUUGAGACUGAGGCAGCUCGGUUUCUUGUGUUCCUUGUCUCUUCAGCUUCUGUUUCCUGGUUUCUUGGCCUCUCAGCUCCUUGGGCCUCAAACCCGCAUCUGCCCUGCUGGAGCAAGUGUUCCAAAGCUCUGCUGAUAAGUACCCAGAGGCACCCCACUCCGCCAGGAAGCCUCCUGCACACAGGCACUCAGCUUUCUGACUCCAUGGGUUAGCAAGCCUAGCUCCACCAGUAAGUACCUGGAGGCACCCCACUCUACCAGGAAGCCCCCUGCACACAGGCAGUCAGCGCCCUCCCUCUGUGGGUUGGCUCCAGCACUGUCUCCUGCUGGUCUACUGGUUCUGCUGCUGCUGGUUCUCUGCUGUUGCUGGUUCACUGCUGCUGCAGGUUCUCUGCUGCGCUGGUCCUCUGCCACUGUCUCAACUGUAUCCAUUCACAGUUUCAAAACUGCUUCCACAUUUUAGAUAUCUGUUAAAGCAGCACCCCACUCCUGGUACCAAAUUCUCUUUGUCAUCUAGUGCUGCUGUAACAGAAUUACCACAAGUGGAUGGCUUUAACAAAGAGAAACUUAUUUUUUCACUGUCUAGUAGGUUACAAGUCCAAAUUCAGGGUGUUGGCUCCAGGGGAAGGCAUUCUCGGUCAGCUCUGGAGAAAGGUCCUUGUCCUCAAUCUUCCCAUGGUCAAGGAGCUUCUCAGGCACAGGGACUUUAUGUACAAAGGAUACACUCUGCUCCUGGUGCUGCUUUCUUGGUGGUAUGAGGUCCCCACCUCUCUGCUUCCCUUUUUAUCUCUUGAGAGAUAAAAGGUGGUACAGGCCACACCCCAGGGAAACUCCCUUUACCUUGGAUCAGGGAGGUGACCUGAGUAAAGGUGGUGUUACAAUCCCACCCUAAUCCUCUUAAUGUAAAAUUACAAUCACAAAAUGGAGGACAACCACACAACACUGGGAAUCAUGGCCUAACCAAGUUGAUACACUUCUAUUCUUUAAAAGUCACCCACUUUGUGGUAUUUUGUUACAGCUGCUCUAGGAAAGUAAGACACCACAAAAACGGGAAGAUAGAAAAGUGUUUACUAGGACACAAAGUCUUUUAAGGAAUACCAGAUAAUUCACGGUGGAGAAGUUUUUAAUGAAAAAGCAUGAGAAGUCAUUUUAUUGGUAGAGCAACUUUUUAGUUGAGUCAAUUCUGAGUCACAGUGACCCCACAGGACACAGUAGAACUUCCAUUCUCACAUCAAGUAGAAAUUCCAAAAAUCAAAGUGGAAGAAAAAAAAAAAUAAGUGAAUUUCAUAUCAGAAGACUCAGACUGGAAAGAAAAAUCUAAACCCUUGAGAACAAAAUUUAGCAAAGGAUUCAAUUUUUGCAAAAGACCUUUUGAAAAUAUGUGGAACAACAACGUGAAGGAUUGUGAAGUGAUCUGGGCAUAUCAAAUGUAGAAUUUUGUAAGAAGUGCUGUGAAACGAUAUUAUACUCAAUAGAUUAGUACUUGCAUAUGUGUAAACAGUAGAAGUUGGUGAAAAAUCUAUCGGUCAGGUUCCAGGUUUUUAUCCCAUUAAAAGACAUAGAUUUGGGCUAAUCAAAAUUUUGUUGUAAACUGAAGCAUAUAGAACACAAAAUUGUGUUUCUUAACAUUUUAGAGCUAUAUAUGUACAUGGUAAAGGAAAGCAAAUGUUGAUAAAUAAAAACAUACUUUAUCAGGAAAUUCUGAUUGUACAUAAAUUCUACUUUUAAAAAUCCAUUUAAUAUUGCCUUCAAAGUUUAAAAAGGAGUUACAAAAAUGUCUUUAACUUCUUAAAAACUCUGGAUGAUUAUGGGUACAUUGGUGAGAAAAUUCCCCAGGAUGAGGACAUGGAAGAACAAGAUGUGGGCAAUGUCCCAUUUUCAGAAUGCCUUUUGCAGUAAAGCCUGCGAAAGCUGGAACCUGUGUAAGGCAGAAACCUUUCAGAGAAGGAAAACUCACUGGAUGUUUAUGAGGUAUGGUUCUUAAUAGCAAUAGAAAAGUGGUAAGAUUGCACCGUGUCAAAGAUGGAAAACUGUCGAGACCUGGAAAAACAGGGCAGUCCUGUCGAGUUCCAGCUUUCACGGGUUUCACUUUAUAUUUAUAUUAAUGUAUCUAGCCACAAAGCACUGCCCCUCCUAGCAACACUGCUAGUCAAAACAGCAAUUGCUUGCCAAAACAGAGAGGAGAAAGAACCCAUGAGAAUUGGACCUUGUUUAUAUUUCCCAGAAAAUGGUGAGUUUCCAAACUACCAAUCAGGAGUGACUGAAUCCUUUCCAUACACGUGCAGAAGUCUAGGAGGGAAAAUUGUGGAGCUCAUACCUUUGGCAAGAUGACAAGAGAAGUCCUGUUACUUGUUAUUCAUUUGGAAGUGAUUAAUAUCCCUGUUUCACACAUGGGAAAACAGAAUCUAGAUGGUUAUAACUAAUUUAACAUCUUUUUUCUGAGGGAUUAUGCAGUGCCCGCCUCCAUUUCUAACUUUAUUCUUGAGCUUUUGUUUGCAAUAUUUUAUAAUGAUAUAUCUUCAUGUUCAUUAAUUUUGCCUUCUGUUUGUAAAGUCUGUUAAACUUAUCUAUUAAGUUCACCCAUGGACUAUAGUUUGCCAUAGUGCAAUAGUACUUCUCCAUCUAUUAAUACAUUUCUUAUAAUUUCCUCUAUUUUAUGUAAAAUACUUAUAAUUCUAAAUUCCUUGUAAGUUCAACCUCAAGAUAUAUGUGGCUCUGUUUGUUGUAUCUCUUUUUUUCACUUUAUUAUUUGUAACAUUUCUUGUUGUCUUACAUCCCCAUACAUACCCAUUGCCCUUGAGUCGAUUACAACUCAUAGCAACUCUAUGGGACAGGGUAGAGCAGCUCCAUAGGGUUUCCAGGGAGUGGCUGGUGAAUUUGAAGUGCCAACCUUUUGGUUAGCAGCUGAGCUCUUAACCAGUGUGCCACCAGGGCUAUUUUGUAUAUAUUCUACUUUUUAUCGUAUGAUAAGUAGCCAUUUAACACAUAGGAAGAGACUGAAACUGAUCUUUUCCCCAGAGAGUUUGGAUAUUCUCUCUCUGGAAGAUAGAGGGAAAGAAUCAUCACUUAUUUUCAAUCAAGAAUUGAACUGUACUCUGGGUGGGUUGCAGUUUUGAUUACAAUGAGUCUAACCCUCAUACCUUUAAGAUCAAUCUUCUGGAUUUAUUUCAGGCAUCUUUCUACAGUUGGACAUUUUCUCCAAAAAACCAUGGGAUUGCCAGAGAUACUACACUGCCUUCCUUUUCUAGCUUUCAGGUGGCGGAAAGCAGCCAUGUAUUUAGGGAUUCUGUAGAUUUCAGUCUUUACACAUUCAAUCCACAUGCUUGUUUUUAUUCCCUGGUAGUGUCUGUCUGUUUCCCCAGACGAAUGUCUGAUGAUCUGUCUUCUCCUAAUAAUGGUUAUUUACUUUCUGGAAUCUUAGUGCAUGUAUUUUCUCAGAUAUUUAAAACUACACUGUUUUUCUCUGAUAUGGAAUGAUUUUUCCUUUUAAUUGCAUAUAUUAAAGAAAAUAACCCACAAAGGAUGUUUUGACGAUAUUCUUUAUUUUUCACGUAAUAAACUUUUUCAGACCUAAGGGAGAAUUUAAGGGACUUAAUUUAAUGGGAAAGAUCUUUCUGCAUUUACAUUUGAAUUAUUUUCUUUCAGAUAAACUUCAAAAUUCUGGGAAAAAUACAUAACAAAACAUUUGCCAUUUUAACAACUCUGUGUACAAUUUCAUGACAUUAAUUCCCCGUGCCGUGUACCCAUCACCACUAUCCAUUUCCAAAGUGUUUUUUUUUUUUAACACCUUUGUUUCAAAUGGUUAAUGCACUCGGUUGUUAACUGAAAGUUUGGAGAUUCACAUGCACCCAGAGGCUCCUUAGGAGAAAGGACUGGUGCUCUACUUCUGAAAAAUCAGCCAUUGAAAACCCUGUGGAAUACAGGACUACUCUGACACAAAUGAAAUCACCAUGAAUCAGACCAACUUAAGAGCAACUGACAACUCGUAACAAACUCAGUGCUACUUAAGCAGUAACUCCCAUGUUUGCCUUUAUUCCCCUGGUUGCAUUAACAAACUUUGUUCUCUAUGUAUUUGUCUUUUCUAGAUAAUUCAUAUAAAGGGGAUCAUACAAUAUGUCUUGUUUUGUAUCAGAUUUAACUCAGCAUGAUGUUUUCAGGGCUCAUUGAUGUGGUAGCGUUUAUCAGAACACCCUUUCUCUUUAUGGCUGAAUAGUACUUCAUUGUUUGAAUGUACCACAUUUUAUCCAUUUAUCUGUUGAUGGGCCUUUGGAUUGUUUCCACCUUUUGGCUAUUGUUAAUAUUGCUGCUGAGAACAUUGGUGUAUCAGUAUUAAAACAUACACUUUUAAAUGAA